CAGGACUAAAUAUAGGGAUGAAAGGGCUGCUACUCCUCCUCUCCAUGGCUGUGUUUGGCUUUGAAGCAAAGCUACACAUAACCAUUUAUAUUCCUUCUCGGAAACUUACAUGGUACGACGCAAGACAGUACUGCCAGGAUAAAUAUUUGGACAUAGUCAACUGGGAGACGAUAGACCCAGACCUGCUGACUAAGUUCUUGCAGGAAGAGAACCUCGAUGAUGUCUGGAUUGGUUUACACAAGGAUCCUCACCAACUGUCGGUCUUGAAUGGGCUCAAUGUAAAAACUGGUGAAGACUUGACAGGAGAUGGUGUCUCUGACAGCAACUACUUGGCCUAUGGUGCAAGCUGUAGCUCUUAUAACAGCAUAACUAAAACGUUGAAAAGCAUCUUGUGCAUUACAGAGCUUCCCUUUGUCUGCUAUGCUGACAACCUGGUUGUAGUCAAUGAACAUAAAACAUGGGAGGACGCUCUUAGCCAUUGCAGGGAACUGACAACUGCGUCUUCCAAAUAUGACCUCCUGAGCAUUGCCAGCUCUUCUGACUACGGUUACCUCAGCGAUCGGAUCAACGGAGCCACCACCGAGGAGGUUUGGAUGGGCUUGCGCUUUCUGGGAGGGGAGUGGUGGUGGUCCGAUGGUGAGACGCUGGACCCCCAAGGUACGCUGCAGGACUGCCCGAGCCAGUGGGAACACUGUGGCACCAUCUCCAAAUAUAACACAGCUAAGUGGCUCACCAGAGACUGCUCAGAAAGAAGGAACUUCGUCUGCUCUUAUGAAGAAGUAGCUGAACAGGUUAAAUAGGCUUCCUGGCUUAGAGACAUUAUUUAAUUAUGGAAUUGUCUCACAUUUUCUCAGCUAUACUGCGCUAAAUAGAUGUUGAGUGAGAAUUUGGGUGCAUGUUUGCUUUUCCUGUGUGCCUCUGUGUUGUCCUGUGCUGUCAUCUGAGCUGUACAGGUAUAUGUUGCUUCUCCCUAAAAGAUAGGUAAAAACUCCCUUAUGAUCUUAUAUAGAAAAGCAGAUGAACACGACGGAUAGGAUUUCAAGCAGCUGAAAUUCAGUCCUUAAACUGAAUUAGAUUGAGCUCUGUCAAGUUCAGCUGAACUGAAUGGAACCAAACUGGUUUAAACAGAAAUAAUUAGUAAACUGAAUUUCACUGAUCUGAAUUAACAGAUUUAAACUAAACUCAGCUGAGUCAACAUAGUAGUUGGGUUUAAGGUCAGGCUGGACAA